AUGUCGCCCUUCCCCAUCGUAUCUGCAGUCUGGUCAUGGUCUGACGAGUUCAUGGCAACGGAGCAGCUGCUUCUUUCCAAGAAACUUCUGGACAGUGGACUCGACAUUCAGGAAGAGGUCGGAGUUCAACAUCCUUUCUACCACCCCGAUAGCACCGAAAUCGCACCGCACCAUCGAUCCUCUUUCAACAUGCGCAUCGCCAACUUCAUCGCUCUUUCCGCCCCCUUGGCGUUCAUGGCUCAAGCCCUCAAGGCUCCCAUUGAAGGGUACGAUGUCUGGGAGCCCGAGUGGGAUAUUGAUGGUGAACACUUCAACGGCUCUGUCCAAGAAGUUGUUCGUCAGCUUGAGGCCAUGAGACCUGAGAUGGUACACGCUUUGCACCUUGAAGCAAACUAUUCUUCUGUUCUGGCCAACGACCCGACGGAUCCGUUGCCUCUGGGAGACUUUGACGUUCAGUGUCAGAAACUCCACGAAGCAAGUGUGUCAGCAUGGUGGGAAGGUGUCAAGUACUUGCGCAAGGUUCCCGGCAAACCCGUGGGAGGUCCUGGUCCGGGAAGCUGUGGCCGUGUCAGUUGCUCCUGGAACAUGGGUAUCUGGUUCUGCAAUGAUGAUACAAAGCAGAAGGUUCUUGACACCUAUCGCCACAUUGCCGAUGGCGCAGAAGCUGCCUACCGGAAGUGCACUGGGCCGCCGUACUUCGAAUACUUGGCCAGUGGGCAAGCCUUUCACAAAACCGACAAAUGGAAUGUUAUGGCUCAAGCUGUCGACACCGGGGAUGAGAGCCAACGGUGCUGA